AAUUCAACCCGAAACCCUAAUCUCCCCACGCCCCUCGAAUACAGACCCAACUCUCUCUCUCUGUCUGCGCCACAAUGAAGAAGAAGAAGCAAAGAACCUCGCAACCUCCACCCACCACCCUCGCCUCCGCCGAUAUCAAGUACCUCAUCCGCAAAAACUCCUCCUUCUUCGACAACCUAAUCCAACUCAUCCCCGCCAAGUUUUACCUCCCCACCGAAGACGAUUCCAAGCCCUACUUCCCAGGCCUCAACAAAUCCGCCAAACUAGCCGCUAAGCAGCAAACCAGAGACAACAUCAAGAAAUCCCGCCGCGACCGCCUCGACCCCGAAAAAAAACCCCUCACCUCAACCCUCGACUUGCUCAAACAAACCCUCCGACCAGUGCCCGGUCCCACCGAGGACGGACGCGACGGCGCUGAACCGGUUGGGAAUCCAGAUCGGAUUCCUGAACGGUCGGUCACUUACGAGGAGCUCCGGCAACGUCUCCACCGACGGAUCGAGGAGCUGCGAGGGAACCGUGGCGGAGGGGAGGCAUGGAGGAGCGAGAAGAGAGAGAAGAGAGAGAACGAAUAUAGGAAGAGAAAGAGGGGUGGGUGUGGUAGUGAUGAUGAUGAUGAUGAUCAAGCGGAAGGAGAGAAGAGUGUUGGCAGAGGUGGUAAUAUUAGGAAAUCAGAGGGGGAGAUUGAGAAGGAAGUGACGGAGGCUAGUAAAAGGAUUGAGUUUGGGAAAGUGAAGCUUGGAGGAGGCGGGGAAGAGAGGAACAAGAAGAAAAAGAAGUUGUCGAAGGAAAAGGAGCUGGAAAUGGCGAAGAGGUUGGAGGAGGCGAAGAAAGACCCGGGUGUGGCGAAGAAGCAUUCGUGGAAGGCGGCGGUUAGCCGGGCGGCUGGGGAUAAAGUGCACGAUGAUCCCAAGUUGUUGAAGGUGAGUAUGAGUAAGGAGAAGAGGAGGCAUGAGAAGAAUGCGGAGAAGUGGAAGGACAGGGUUGAGAGCAGGGAGAAGGUGAAGGGGGAGAAGCAGCAGAAGAGAGCAGGGAAUAUAGCCGAGAGGAUUCAUCAGAAAAAGAUGAGGAAAAUUGCCAAGAGAGAGAAGAAGCUCAUGAGGCCGGGGUUCGAAGGGCGCAAAGAGGGGUACAUUAAUGAGAAUUAAGAGGGGUUUUGAAGGCAU